AAUAUUGGAACUGAACCUAUCGAACCUUUGAUGAGUGCACAUAAGAAUUGGAAUAAUUUUUUACAUUGUGAUUGAAAAGUGUUGUGAUUAAUUUUAUAACUCGUUUAGAAAAAGUUUGUUUAAAAAUGAUGCAAUUUAUGUUACUGUUCAGUCGUCAAGGAAAAUUACGUUUACAAAAAUGGUACGUGGCCCACCCCGAUAAAUUAAAAAAGAAAAUUACUCGAGAAUUGAUCACCACAAUAUUGGCCCGAAAACCUAAAAUGUCAAGCUUUUUAGAAUGGAAAGAUGUUAAAGUUGUCUAUAAAAGAUAUGCAAGCUUGUAUUUUUGUUGUGCAAUAGAACAAAAUGAUAAUGAAUUAUUGACUCUAGAAAUUAUACAUCGUUAUGUUGAACUGUUAGACAAAUAUUUUGGAAGUGUAUGUGAAUUAGAUAUAAUUUUCAACUUUGAGAAAGCAUACUUCAUCUUAGAUGAGUUAUUGGUUGGCGGUGAAAUUCAAGAAACCAGCAAAAAGAAUGUUUUAAAAGCCAUUGCAGCUCAGGAUUUACUACAGGAGGAUGAAGCUGUGGAAGGUGCUCUGCGGGAGAUAGGGCUUUUGUAGGUGCUGCAUUCUUGCAUGCCCUCCAUGGCCAAUCUGACAGCCCACAUGAAUCAAGACCCUGGAGCAGGCUCACCCGCUGCAUGAUGCCAUCAUACAUCUCUACUUUUUCUAUAGAUAUUGAACAUCAAUUUUUUACUUACCAUUGAUAAUCUUUACAAAAUUAGUGUAGGAAUUCUUAGCAUAUUUUUAUAUAGAAAAAUGCUAUUAACACAAAAUGAGCAGAGUAAUAUAUACGUAUAUAUGUAUAUCAUAUAUUACUCUGUUAUACAUAUAUUGAACAAAAUGUCCUCUUAGCUGCAUAAUUACUUGCCCUUUUAUAACUUAGUAAACAAUAGCUUUAAUCUAAUUAGUCCCGUACUAUAGCAAUAAAAUUACACAAACUUAGGAAAUUAUUAUUUCUUUAAGUAUGUAGAUAAAAAAGUAUUGAAUCUACAAUAUUUUUAAUCACGUAACAUUUUGUAUAGUACUUUUCAUGUUUGUCUACUUAAAAAUAUUUAUUUUAGUAUUUAAAUUAGAAAAAACAUUUGAAGGUGUCAUUUUUAUAUG